UGCCUGCGCACCAGCCGUCCUGGUCGGGACUCGUGAGUUAGAUAUAUUCACUUCCUGGCUCUCUCGUCUAAUUUGGCUACACAUUACAAGCAUCAGCCAUGGCGGCCACGUCUCCAUCUUGGCUGUUGAAGAUCAUUACCUUGUCUGUGAUCGCCACCUUGUGUUUUGGAAAUUACGUCAUCACGACGCCUCGCAAGUGGAUAUCUGGAGAGGUUGCUCAAGUGUGUGUCUUUACUCUGAACAACACUGCUACUGAAAAUACCAUCACAGUUGCUGUGAAGUCCAGUAAUAAUGAUCAGGAAUAUCUGGUGCCCAACAGGGUCAUCCAAAUUCCACCAGGUAAAAGCGAACUGUGCGAUAAAGUGUUAGUUCCUGCUCUGACAAGUAAUGAAGGUCAGUUGGAAGUGACAGGAUCUUUAGGAGGGAAGAAAAUCCACCACAAGAAAACUAUAUCCCUUGUAAAGACUGUAACGAAGACAUUUAUCCAGACUGACAAAUUUAUGUACAAGCCUGGUCAAGAUGUAAAUUUUAGAAUUUUGACAGUUGUGGGACCAUUACUUAAGAUUUCCACUGAUAAGUAUCCACUAGUAUGGAUAGAAACACCCUCAGGCAGUCGUAUUGCUCAGUGGACUGAAGUUGAUAAUUCUGGACUUGUUCAACAAUCUAUGAAGCUUUCGGAUGAGCCCGAACAGGGUACCUAUAAGAUCCACGUGCAUCCACCAAAGGGGGAAAACGCAGUCAUUAAAACGUUUAAGGUGGAGGAGUAUGUGUUGCCUCGCUUUGAAGUCACAGUUAAACCCCCUAAUUACCUCCUGGGUUCGGAUCCCAAGUUUAAUUUAACUGUAUGCGCAAAGUACACGUAUGGACAGCCUGUAAGAGGAAACUUUAUACUUAAAGUUGACAAUGGAGGCUGGGGAAGUGGCAAGACUACUUAUGUAACUGAAGGACAGGUUUUUGGCUGCAAAGAUCUUGAAAUUUUAGCAGAGUCUGUGCAACUGAAUGGAGAACAUUUCCAUGCUUAUAAUUUGGAUGUGGCAGCCACUGUGGUGGAAGAUGGAACUGGAGAAGAGUUCAAAGCAGAUGUAAGAGUUACCGUUCACCGUAAUGCAAUAACCUACACAUAUGUGGGGAAGGAAGACUUCGUCAAGCCUAAUCUUCCCUUCACUGGACGGGUUAAGGCAACUUUUCCAGAUGGAAGUCCUGCUGGAGGAUCUCGCAUGCAAGUGUGUGCUGGAGGACAAUGCAAGUCUCUACUUACAUCUCCAAGGGGUAUUGUCGAGUUCAUCUAUCAAAAUGCUACAGGAAACCAUGUCACGAUCAAAGCCACUGAAUAUAUUUCCAUUCGAUCUCCAUCAUCAAGCUGGCGUCACAUCAUGUAUGAUUCCAUCUACAACCAUGAACUCAAGAGCUACUUCUCCCCUUCAGGUUCUUCUGUGAUAAUAUAUGCCCCUCAGAAACGGCUGAAAUGCCUUGGAGAACAAAGAGAGCAUCUUAUUCCCAUUCUAUAUGCUGCUGCUAACCAGAUUACAGCUAACUUCACAGUUCAGGUUGUCUCUAGAGGGCAAAUCCAGUUCUCAAGUACGUAUGAGCAUGAACUUCUUUCAAAGGAUUUGCCUAUUGAUGAAGAGAACCUUCUUGAGCCUUUGGCACCACCACCCAUCAAUAUAAUCAGAGGAUUCAUAGAGAUUCCAGUCAGACUUCCACCAACAGUCUCGCCGAAAGCAAUGUUGGUAGUGUGGUACAGCCGUGAUGACGGGGAGGUCGUGUCUGACACUCAGGAGCUGAAGAUAGAGAAGUGUUUUAGUAACAAAGUCAACUUGGCAUGGUCGCGGUCCAAGGCCCAACCUGGAGAGCAAGUUGAUCUCAAUCUGUCUGCAGAACCUGAGUCUCUCUGCAGUCUUGGUGUGGUAGACAAGAGUGUGGAGUUGCUGUCAUCUCAAGAUGAUGAUCUUACCGUAGACAAAGUUUUUGAACUUGUAGAGGAAUUCAUGGUUAAGGAGCAAGAUAAUCCUCAGUCUGAUGACAAAGCUUUCUGUAAAAAACAAUUUGAGAAAAAUGAUGCAGGUUCUUCUAGCCUGCCUGACCCUAUCAGACCUCGACUAGUGCCAUUCCUUUCUGAAGGAGACUCCGACAAUCUUCCAACUGAUGACUCUUCUAGAGUGAAGCGGUCAUUGUGGUUUGAAAAAUAUUUCACCAACUACGUGGAUGCCCUUAAAAUAUUUGAUAAAUCAGGGCUGUUUUUUUUCAGUGACUUAAUUACAGAGACAAGACCUUGCAACACCAUGGAAGAAUCGGGGCGCUCUGGAUUCCCGUCUUUCAUGUUUGGUGACCCAAUUCCAGGAGUUGCAUAUUCUUAUGCAUCAAUUGAACGAGACCUAGACAGCGUACAUGACGUUGAUGAAAUGGUGGAAAUAACAUCCGAAGCUAAGCCAAUAACGCCUCGUGUUUAUUUUCCAGAAACUUGGCUUUGGCAACUUUCCAGUCUCCCUGCCUCGGGUGUGAGUAGUGAACAACUAAACUUACCUGACACGAUUACUGAAUGGGUGGGAAAAGCUGUGUGUGUCCACCCAGAAAAAGGUCUUGGUGUCUCCAAGCCGGCCUCCAUCACCACCUUCACACUAUUUUUCAUCGACCUCACUCUCCCACCGACUGUCAAACGUGGUGAGAUUCUCCCGGUGAAGAUAUCCAUCUUUAACUACCAUGAAGCGGCUUUACCGGUUAAGGUGAAGCUUGAAGAGAGCAGUGAAUAUGUGAUUCUAGAGGAGCCUGAGAGCCAGAAGGAUGCAAGUCAUCACAGUUCCUGCAUCCCUCCACAAGAGAAGGCUGUUCACACUAUAAAGAUUCGUUCAUUAGUACUUGGGGAAGUUAACCUUACAGUUACUGCUUUUGUUGACGAACUGUACCCAGAGGUGUGUGGUUCCGAGUACAUCAUAAGUCAGAGAGAUGUAAUAAUAAAGCCCAUCAAAGUAGAGGCUGAGGGCUUUCCCCGAGAGAAGACUUGGACCAAAUAUAUUUGUUCAAAGGAAUCUGGGUUCAUUAGUGCGAAUGCCAUAUGGUUGUGGAGAACAAAACAUGCUAAACUUUGCCCCUAAUAUUUUCAUUCUUCAAUAUCUUGAAGCCUCAAACCAGACAACUCCUGAAAUUGGUGACAAAGCUGUCGAAUACAUGAAGCAAGGUUAUCAACGAGAACUCAACUAUCGUCACAAGGAUGGGUCCUACAGUGCAUUUGGAAGUUCUGAUUCUUCAGGCUCCACAUGGCUAACAGCUUUUGUUCUUAAGUCCUUCAGUCAAGCUCGUCAGUUUAUCAUGAUUGAUGAGGAUGAUUUAGAUAUGAGUCGAACGUGGCUGAAGCGCAGACAGAUGGAGAAUGGGUGCUUUGACAUAGUUGGGAAGGUCUUGCACAAAGGCAUGAAGGGUGGCAUUGAUAGCAGUGGUACACCUGCUCCUUUUACAGCCUAUGUGCUCAUUUCACUACUGGAAGCUGGUGAACCAUCCUCAAGUGGAGCAGUUAGUGAGGCAGCUUUCUGCUUAUUACAGGACAAAACCCAAGACCCCUAUACAUUAGUAUUGAAGGCAUAUGCCUUGGCUUUGGCUAGGUUGUCUGAAGCAGAGGCUAUAAUAGAGCAACUCAUUAGUCAAGCAGUGGAGAACUCUCAUUCCAUGUAUUGGGAAAUUCCAGCUGGGGCAGGCAGGAGUGAUGCUGUAGCAGUGGAAACUGCUGGCUAUGCCAUCUUGGCUAUGAUGACUUUGGAUAGUAAACGUUUUGAUAACCAGGCCAGAAAAGUUGUCAAGUGGAUCUCUUCUAAGAGAAAUGGUCAAGGUGGUUUUAUCUCAACACAGGACACGGUGGUUGCGCUGCAAGCUCUAGCAAGUUUUGAAGGUCACCAGGAUCAUGGCACUGUAAACUUGGUCGUAACUAUAGCAGCAGAAUCUCUUGAACAUAACUUUCACAUAGUUAAUUCUAACAAGCUUCUUCAACAAAUGGUGAAUCUACCUAAAAUUCCAAGUAAUGUUGUUCUUGACAUGGAAGGAGAAGGAUGUGUUCUUGUUCAGGGUGUUCUGAGGUACAAUGUUCCCGAUGCCAAACCAAGUGAAGCAUUUUUGCUGAGUGUUAAUACAGAAACAGCUCCCGAUCAAAAGUGUGUCACCAAGAGGAUCCAGGCCUGUGCCUCAUAUCGGCUUCCUGAUAAGAAAUCAAACAUGGCAGUCAUAGAAGUCAACUUGGUUUCAGGUUACAUUCCUGAAAAGGCAGAUCUUAAGCAGAUUGUGGGAUAUGGCACAGGACUCCUCAAACGCUAUGAAGUUGAUGGGAAUAGAGUCACCUUUUAUAUCGAUGAGUUCUCAUCAGAAGACAUUUGCGUGAGCUUCCGUAUAAUACGAGAAAUUGAUGUAGAGGACGUUAAACCUGGCACUGUGAAAAUUUAUGACUAUUAUCAACCCGAACUCUCUGUCAGUAAAAGUUUCAUCCUACCACCAAAUGAUGAAUGCCAACGUGACUCAGGGUUUCCUAUUGACGGCAUCAUUGAAGGACCAAUUUUUAUUGAAGAAGAUGAGGAAGUAGAUGAAGCAAAUGUGUUACCAACAGUAAACCCAGAAGACAUUGCUGAUUUAGUUGCAGAACUAGAUGAAAUAAUUUAAGUUUCGAAUUUAUUGUAUAGAAGGUCUUGAAAAACAAUGUUGCAAUAUGUUUAUCUGUAAAUUAAGUAAAUGACAUCAAAAUAAAGUUUAGUCAUUAGAGAUGUGCGAUAUUUGUCAAGAUAUGUAGUCACAGUACAUUAUAGUCUUAAGUACUCUCAUUUACUGUUAACUGCAUUUUUAUAUUACCUCAGCUUUAAAAACAAACAAUUUUUGCUGCUCUAAAAGGGAAUUCUACUAUUGAAUGAUUAAGUCAUAUAUGGAAUGCUUACAUUUAUCUAUUGAAUAUUUGAAUUGGUUGAAACAAUGGAAAAAAUCAUCCUUUACUACUUAUCAUUGAGGUAAGGAUCUAUUGAAUUGCUUUAUUUGCAAUCUCGUGACCUCUAGCCUUUAAAUUUGCCCAUUGAAAUAUUGAAGAGUUCAUCUUUCAAUAAAAAUAUACUUUUACAUAAGUUCAUUACAUUGGUAUCUGUAAAAGUUGAAUAUAAACUGGUAUAUACUAAAAUAUUGUUUUCAUAAAUGUUUCAUUUUAUUUUUUUCUGUAAGGUUUCCUUCAGUAGCCUUCUUUGUAAAUAAUAUGCCUAAGUAUCCACUGAGGAGGAAUACAAUAAAAAUAAAAAAAUUCAAGCAG